CACGAUGCUGUUAGAGAAGUUGGUGCGCAAGUCCGAUCUGUUCUGCGAACUACAAUACCCAGCAAGCCGCGCACUCUCUGGGAUUCCCUUCCCUUUCGUUUCCUGUACCGAGUUUUUACGGCGCUUGCCGGGGACGCGCGAAAAUGGACCUGAGCGCUUUCGAGCGGGACAACGCCGUGAAUUGUUUGCUGGACUCCGCGGUGCCCGCCGCUUGCCGGAGCGAACCUUGCAGCCUGGGCAUCGAUGAAGCAGGCCGGGGUCCGGUGCUGGGUCCCAUGGUUUAUGGAAUCUGUUACUGUCCUGUGGAUCGGCAGGGAGACCUAGAGGCACUGAAGGUAGCAGAUUCCAAGACUCUGACAGAGGCCCAGCGGGAACAGCUCUUUGAGAAACUGGGUGCAGCGAAGGAUUUUGUUGGGUGGGCCCUGCACAUCCUCUCACCCAAUUACAUCUCCACCAGCAUGCAGAGACGAGCUAAGUACAACCUGAACGCGCUUUCGCAUGAUACGGCCAUUGGAUUAAUCCAGAGGGCAUUGGACUCUGGAGUGCAGGUUGCAAAGGUCUUUGUGGAUACUGUGGGACCAGCAGAGAAGUACCAAGAAAAACUCAAGCAGCACUUCCCAGACCUGGAGGUUACAGUGAAACCAAAAGCAGACUCCCUCUUCCCUGUUGUCAGUGCAGCCAGCAUCUGUGCCAAGGUGGCGAGGGACCGGGUGGUAAAGAACUGGAGGUUCUUGGAGGAUCUGGAAGAUGCGGACUUGGAUUAUGGCUCUGGCUAUCCUAAUGAUCCCAAGACUAAAGAGUGGCUCACCCAAAAUCUGGACCCUGUCUUUGGCUACCCACAGUUUGUACGGUUCAGCUGGAGUACAGCUCAGGUCAUCUUGGAGAGCAAAGCUGUGCCCGUGUGCUGGGAUGACACAGAAGACAACGCAGCCCAGAAAAAUGCUCAGUCCUUGCUGAGCUACUUCGCCAGGAAGGAAACUUCCAGCAAGCGCCCUCCCCACCGUUUCUUUCAUGAACGAAAGCUUAAGACCGUGACCAGCCUGUAGGGGGACAGCAGAUUAUUCCCUUCUCAGUGGGAUUAUCUUGCUUUAUCUACACAAGAAACUUUUCUGAUUUUGUCAA